AAGCGAAAGUAAAAUGUGUGUGAUGCAUGCUAAACGACGUUAAGGGCAGCUGAGCGCUCUGUACCGGCUCAGUUUGGGGUAAAAAGAAAUUGAAAUCAAUAAUGAAUAAUUAAUACACCAAAACACGAACGACAGCGCAUGUGCGAACGCGCUCGCUCGUCUCUUGCCAGCGAUACGCAAACUACGGCUGGAAAUUGUGUAAAAUGUACGGCUGCUCGUUACUAAAUCUGUCAAAAACUCCUGUUCGUAUUACCAAGGAAUCUGGAUGAUUUGAGGGGCAAGUAUACGAGGCGGGGAUUCGAUCUUCACAAGUAGUAACGGACACCUACCUAGUCACCCGCAGCAUUGUAUUCACUAAAGGCUAAGAUUCUCUCAUGUGGUUUCGGAGGCCUAAGCAAGACAGCGACCAUGAGAAUAACUACCCACGCCUCAUUAACCAUCAGCCUAUUGCAAUCCCAUUAAACAGGAUGCCUGGCCCUGAACAAGUAAACUUACUGGAAGCUAUUGAAGAAGGAAGCUGUUCCACUGUCCUCAACCUUUUAGAAAGUGCAGGGAUUGAUUUGGAGCAAAGAGAUUCGAAUGGACAAACCCCCUUGAUAAUAGCAUCAGAGAAAGGAAAUGUGGAGAUAGUACAUGAACUUCUAAAAAGAAAUGCAGAAGUCAAUGCCCAAGACGAGGAUGGCUGGACUGCCCUGAUUGCUGCAUGUAAGGAGGGUUGUUCUGAGGUUGCCAAAGAAUUGCUGGAAAGUGGGGCCAGACUUCAACUAGCUGAUGUGGGUGGCUGGACCCCCCUCGUUUGGGCAUCGUACAAAGGACACGCGGAAAUCGUCAAAGACCUUCUGGCAUUUGGCGCGGAUCCCAAUGAAAAAGGACAACAUGGGAUGACCGCCCUCAUCUGGGCGUCUGGCCGCGGACACAGUGAAUGCGUGAAGGAGCUUCUCGAUGCUGGAGCCUCUCCUGAUGCCGCUGACAAGUAUGGCACUACUGCCCUAGUGUGGGCUGCACGAAAGGGACAUCUUCAAGUCAUCAACAAUUUGGUGGAAAAAGGCGCUAGUAUAGACAUCGCAGGCACGCGUGGCUGGACAGCUCUGAUCAUGGCGGCCAAAGGUGGCUAUACGGAUGUGGUGGAUUAUCUGCUACAGCGUGAUCCUAACGUCAACGCCACAGACCAGGAAGGGUACUCUGCGCUUGCAUGGUCGGCCAAGCACGGACAUGAGCAGAUCGUUCAGAAAUUAAUAGCAAAGGGAGCUUACUACAAUCUGCCUGACAAAGAAGGGGAAACGGUGCUGAUCGCCGCGUCACGUGACGGUCACGCGGAAGUCGUGCGCACUCUUUUGAGCAAGUUUGCUGAGGUGGACGCCGUCGAUAGCGAGGGUAAAACAGCUUUGUUCCACGCCGUCGAGAAGGGGUAUACGAACAUUGUCAGAGAUCUUCUCGAAGCGGGAGCCAAGACCGAAGUCAUAAAUAGAGAGUUCGAGACGCCGUUAAUCCGUGCUACGUUAAAGAAGCACACCGAAUGUGUCGCACUUCUCCUUGAAAAGGGCGCGCAAGUGUCAGCAGCUGAUAGGAGAGGGGAUACCGCUGUGCAUAUAGCGGUACGCGGGCGCUACAAGCGUAUUUGUGAGCUUCUCCUUCGAAAUCCCAAAGACGCGCGAUUACUCUAUCGACCAAAUAAAGCAGGGGAAACGCCAUAUAACAUCGAUAGACAGCAUAGAAACAGUAUACUGACACAGAUAUUUGGUACAGGGCUAUUCGCGACGGGUAAGAAGCAUAGCGAGGAAGCCAUGGGAUAUGACGUUUACACUAGCGCUCUGGCUGACGUACUGUGUGAGCCCUCACUCAGCAUGCCGCUGACCGUAGGAAUGUAUGCGCGAUGGGGAAGUGGCAAAUCGUUUGUAUUGCGUCGGCUGCAAGACGAGAUGCGAGAGUUCGCCCACCAAGACCUCCGCCCCGUCUUCCAUUUCUCUCGGUUCAUCUUCAUCAUGGUCCUCGUCAUCGCCACCAUCAUCGGGGUCAUCCUUUGGGCCGCGGUCGGGCUGGUCGAGGGCAUCUGCGUCGGUCUGGCCAUUUUCAGUGGCUGUUACUGCCUCUUCUUUUGCGCCUACGUCACAGACCGGAAAUCUAACAACGGAGAUGCUCCAUCUUGCUCCAUCGGCAGCUACGUCGCAACCUCCGUCACGACUCUAAAGCUGCUAUCUCAGCUGAUCUUCUGCAUCCCUCCGUGCCCUAGCGCUAUGAAGCCCGCAUUACCAGUUCGCUUCUUGUUUACGGAUUUCAGCAAGCUUACUUGUAGUGGAAGCGAGGCGGCAUCGCUUGUUGGGAUGAUCGAGACGUUAUGUGAUGUUGUCGAGGCUGAGUUUGGGUUCUUCGUGACGCGGUUGUAUCGCGUGUUUCGUGCACCUUCCGCGGAAUACGAGGACAUUGGCUACACGGAAGCGCGCUGGAAACGCUGCUGCUGUUGUAUACCCACCUUUAUAAUCUUCUUAUUUAUUAUUGUGUGCGGGUUGAUGAGUGCGUCUUUGUUCACUGUGUACGAUACCUCUGGGGGUUCUAUCGUGACUGGUCUGGAGAUUUCCACCGCAUCUAUUGUCGGAGUUGCCGUCCUUGUACACUUGCCAACUCUUUGCUCUAUAUUGUACUCGCUUGUGUUUUCGCAAAAGAAGAGAAUUUCUGUUGUUGCGACGCAACUUGGGCUGAAAGAGGAAGGCUUUAUUCACGCUUUAAAACAAGAAGUGGAAUUAUUAACUGAUCUGGUGAACUGUGUAGAUGGUUUUACCAGACACCAGACUCGUAUCGUUGUUGUCAUUGAUGGGCUUGAUAAUUCAGAGCAGUCCAAGGUGCUUCAACUGUUAGACUCAGUCAACCUUCUCUUCACGGACCCUGAUGCACCCUUCAUCAUCCUAAUGGCGCUAGACCCGCGUGUCAUUAUCCGCGCUAUUGAUCAAAGCUUCAGUAGUAUCCUUCGCGAGUCGCACAUCAGCGCGUCAGACUAUCUAAAGAGUAUUGUCCAACUCCCAUUUUAUCUCCCAGAACCAAAAUCUAAUUACACAGGGGUUCUGCCUGCCAAUAUAACGGCUCUUCUAGAAGAUGUGCGCCAUAAUGCCCGAGAUAAUGAGGGGAACGAGGAUGGGCGUCCUGCGAGCAUUGUGCACGAUGACCUGGAGUGGGACGGAGAGAUGCUUCAUUUUGAUAACGAGAAGAGUGCGAACAUGAAUCGCAUUCAUAGAGAUCUGCAUAACUGCAAUGGCGGUGUCCCGGGCCGUAUUCACCCCGAUAUGGACCUGGACGCGUCGAUACUCUACGAGCCUAACGAAGAGGAGCUGUGUCUCGCACACGAUCACCACCAGCGCGAACUCGAGAUGGAGGAACGAAGAAAAAUCUCAGCAGAUUUAGCACAGGUCCUUGCUGACAACGAGACGGUAAAUCCACUAGGAGUCAAGCGUCUGAUGAACAUAGUCUCGCUCACAUGUCGCUUACUUCGUGCGAGGAAUAUCGAGUACUCGUGGAAACGACUGGCAGCGUGGGCGAGUCUCGCGGACGGCUGGCCCUACAAGACCUCGUGGCUUGUUCUCCUCAUUGAGGACAGUAAUACUCACAUAAGGGACAACAUGUCACUUAAAGACUUGUACGAGGCUACUCUUUCGGCAAUGCCCGUCAUUAACGAAGUCGACUGCAUGGUCGACGGGGACCCUGUGUAUUUUGAGACAUUCCUCUCUUCCCAUCAGCCUCUGCUGACCGCGUCGGAUAUUCGUCGCUUUCUGUUGUGUACUGUUCACUUGGAUCACUCGCUCAGGAGACAGAUGGUGGAGUUUUUGCAGUCCGCUGCGAUACCUAAUAAGUCAGAGACUGAGAGUUUGGGCAAGCGAAGUUCUGGUUAUCAGAUAAACGCGUUGCUAGGCGUCAAGGACAAGCAGGUCAACCUAGUGGCGCUCACCAUCGAUGACGUCUGCAAACAGCUCGCAGAGCUUGAAGGCCUCGACCAAAAGCAGAUCUCAUCGUACCAAGGGAUCGUCACCGAAAACAACAUCAACGGCAAAGUGCUGGCGACUUGUGAUCUGACGGAGCUUGGCCAGAUUAUGGGCAUGACAUUCGGUGAUUGGCAGCUGUUCAGGGCCUGGAUACUAAACGCACGCUUUCCCCAGGAAUGCGGCACUUGUCACGCAAAUGGAAGAUGUGUCAGUCCUGGUGAAAUGAACUGUCAAUUAUUAAAAACUUCAUCAGCUGGUUGGGACCAGGGAGUGCUUGGUACUCCACGGCGCAGCAUGGCUAUGUCCGAGGUCACGUGCGAAGUGGGUGACGCCGCAGGAGCUGUUACCGUUCCAACCUCCCCAGUCUCUCACGGUUCCCCCGUCACGUCCCAACCGACAGCAGAGGAUGAGGACGCAGAAAAGGUACCAGAAAUCAUUCUCCAGCCUCCGUCAGCUCCAGAUUCAGAGGACGACGAAAAUUGCGAGACAACUGAGACAGAGCUUGAAAGUCACAACGAACAGGAUGGCAAACCAGUGCGAGUACUUCAAACAUACAAACGCAGCAAAGAGGAGAAAAUAGCAGAAGAAGAGAUGGAGGGAAGGAUGGAUAACGCAUCAGGGAAGCUGAAGAGGAAAGAAGAGACGCUCAUUGAACUAGAAGACGACGAAGGAGACUCAGACUUGCCGCCUUUACCCCCACCUUGUUACAGAGACGACGAGGAGGAUCUCCCAACUCCUCCUUCUUAUAACAGCUUGACCAGGAUGAAAAAGCGACAGAGCCCAGAUUUGAUGCUCUUUAGCGAGGAGGAAAGGAAGAAUGAAGAGAAGAGGUCAGAUGAUGAUGAUCUUUGGAUACCUAAGAAAAGACCCGAUCGGCAGUCGACAGGAAGCGCGGACUUCCCCCCUCCACCCUCUCCUCCCACACUAGAAGCGAUGGAAUGCACAUGCGAGAUGUUAAACGAAAGCUUGCCUGAUCAAAGCGGCUUAUUCUUUGAGCCUACCGGGCUUAGUAACGAAGAAAGACCAUCUCCUAUUGUCCUGACAAUGGGGCGUAACGGUCCACAAACGAAUGCGGUCGCGGUCAAGAAAAAUGAUCCGAAAAGUAGUCCUCCCACAUCGCCGAGGUCAAUAACCUCUACUCAGUCUCAAACAACGAGCAAUUCCUUUUCAAACCAUAGAACAUUCCUAGCCACAUCGACUCCCAAAGAUAAGACCUUAAACACGAGCAAAAGUAUUCCGGAAAAUAUGAGACCGCUUUCAGCAUCAGAUGUCGGUCGUGCGGCGAUAAAUCCACCCAUUAAACAAAAGGCAACUUCACAGGGAUUUGUGAGUCCUGAAGGGGGGUCCCCACCGCAUAACAGCGGCGAACACAUAGAUUUUCCCCCACCCCCUCCGCCUCUAACUCACCACUCGCCUACUUCGCAACAGAAUUCACCAUGGGUACCCCUAAUGCAGCGGUUUCAACUCGACAAGGAUUCGACAGUUGUAGAAAUGGACAAUCCGUCAGCGCAAAGGCGCCCGAGGCCAAAGACGGCACCGGUUGAUCACAAAGAGCAGAAGUUCCGAACUUAUACACCAUCUCCUAAGCCAACGUUUGUGGAGGUUAAAAAGGGUGAUCAGAAGAAGGAUAAAAAGAACGAAACGUGCGUUUAGCACCUGAUUGAGAGUAUUUGUGUGGGUGUGGGACUAGCAGUGCAAAGCUGGGUCAAUCCAACUUGAAUCACAUACGAUGCUCGUCACAAUUCAUUACAAGUAAUACAGCGGUAAACGUGAAGCGAUAUAGGGUUAUCCCUAAAGAUCAAUCUAACAUCUUGUUUGUUGCGUUAAGCUUCAUUUCAAUUUUAAUGUAAAAGCUCUAUAACGCAAUAGAAGUGACGUAACAUGGAAAAGCUCUGUGACGUAAUAAAAGUUACGUAGGGUGUCAUCUAGGGAAAAUGGUGGAGACACGUAGCCAUAUUUUAGCCACUUCUUGUGUGAUGAAAAAUAUUAUUAUAUUAUUGAAGUUUCCUAAGAAAAACCUGAAACAAGGCUGUUCAAGGCCAUUAUGCUGCUUAUCGAGAAUUUUUAAUCACAAGUAUAAAAUUAUUAUGACCGAGACCUUUUUAUCAUACGGCAAGUUCAGUAAUAUGAUCUUGGUUGUAUUUGAUUAUGUAAUUUCUCGAAUAAGCGCCACAUGGAAUGCCACGCCUUUUCUAAUAUAUUGUAGGACUUUUAUAUCUUUGCAUAGAAUGGUUAAACUUAUCCCUGCUACCAGUUAGCAGGUAACUAGGGAGUGGUAUUUCGACGUGGCCUUUUCGAAAAAAUACCAUAUAUCAAGGGGAAGGAGAGAAAGCGAUAGUGAUGCGCCCUUCCCACAUUGUAGUCCCGGAUUUCUUGAAGAACCAAAAGUAUAUUCCCAAAUAAAUACAGUUUUAUACAGAAUAGCGUUUUCUUGCCACACCUUGGAGGUGUUGGUCAUCAUAUAUUUAUUUUACGCAGUUUUAGAAAAUGCAUUAAAUUAUUACAGCAGAAUAGGAUAGGAUAGGAUAGGAUAGGAUAGGAUAGGAUAGGAUAGUAUGGGAAAGCGGAUGUGUUAUUGUAUCAGAAAACAAUGCCGCUUACUUUCCUAGGCCCUUUUCAAUUGAAAGCGUGGGUAGAGUUCAGUUUAAAAUAUUAGAUUGUAGCGCUGUUAAAUUAUAGACAAAUAUUUGUUACUCGAUUUUCAAUAUUGCAUAUCACAAUUUGCGUAACAAGACUGUACCUUAUUGCCCGGAAUAAACGAGAACCGCUACCAAGCA